AUGACUACUGAAGUGAAAAAUGUGCAGCUGGGUGCUGAACAGCAUGAAACUGUUGAGGAAAUUGAGGUUAGAGUGGCACAUGAUGCAGUCAACUCCAAAUAUAAUCCUUUCACUCGGUCCAUGUAUCGUCUCUAUGUCUGUCUUCUUGUUGCCUACCUGUGCGGCUGUCUGAAUGGCUAUGAUGGCUCUCUGAUGGGCGGUCUUAAUGCCAUGACCACAUACCAAAGCUUCUUUCAUAUGCAGUCUGCUGGAUCUUCCACCGGUCUUGUAUUCGCCAUGUACAAUAUCGGCUCUAUUCCUGCUGUCUUGCUCACCGGGCCUAUAAAUGACUAUUUUGGCCGUCGGAUGGGUAUGUUUACCGGAGCCACGAUUAUCAUUAUUGGGACAUGUAUACAGGCUCCAUCUAUUAAUAAGGGCAUGUUUCUUGCCGGACGUUUCAUUCUUGGCUUUGGUGUGAGCUUUUGCUGCGUCAGUGCCCCAUGCUACGUUAGUGAGAUGGCUCAUCCAGCCUGGAGAGGAACACUCACCGGGUUGUACAACACCACAUGGUAUAUUGGCUCCAUUUUGGCUGCCUGGGUCGUCUAUGGAUGUGCCAAACUUGACAGCUCAUAUUCAUUCCGCAUCCCUAUCUGGUGUCAGCUUAUCUCUUCCGUCUUUGUCGCAAUUGGAGUUUGGUUUAUUCCUGAAUCCCCUCGAUGGCUAAUGGCCCAUGAUCGAACCGAAGAUGCUACUGCAGUCCUUGCCAAGUAUCAUGGGGAAGGUGAUGCAAAUCAUCCCAUAGUGCUUUUGCAAGUCAAAGAGAUGCAGCGUAGCAUUAUCACUGAUGGGUCGGAUAAGGCUUGGUGGGACUACCGUGAGCUAUAUACGGGACACUCAGCACGCCAUCGUUUAAUCUGUGCUAUUGGUAUGGCAUGCUUCGGCCAGCUCUCAGGAAACAGCGUUACCAGCUAUUAUCUCCCAGUCAUGCUAGAGAAUGCAGGUAUUACGUCCGAGAGUCGAAAACUUCUUCUCAAUGGAAUCUAUUCGCCUCUUUCAUUCCUCGGCGCCAUCCUUGGUGCACGAAUGACAGAUACUAUAGGUCGUCGUCCUCUUCUUAUUUACUCGCUGCUUUUCUGCUCGGUUUCAUUUGCAAUCAUUACCGGGACAUCAAAGAUAGCAACUGAAGACCCUUCUAAUACCUCCGCCGCUAACACAACCAUUGCCUUUAUUUACUUGUUUGGAAUUAUCUUCUCUUUUGGAUGGACGCCUUUGCAGUCUAUGUACAUUGCGGAGUGCUUAACAACAACAACGCGUGCGAAGGGUACCGCUGUGGGAAACCUGGCCUCCGCUAUCAGCAGUGUGAUCAUCCAGUACAGCUCUGGUCCAGCAUUCGAAAACAUCAAAUACUACUUCUAUCUGGUUUUUGUUUUCUGGGACCUUAUCGAGAUUGUAUUUAUGUAUUUUUACUUUCCCGAAACCAAGGAUCGCACUUUGGAGGAACUGGACGAGGUCUUUGAGGCUCCGAACCCUGUAAAACGCAGUCUCGUCAAGCGUGAUGCCGGAACUGUGCUUCGCACUAUGCAUGUUGAAGCUGAUGAAAAGGCUGUCGGCGUCUAA